GUGAUCGAUUGAUUUUAUUGCAGAGAAGAAAAGGCGAUUGAGCUCUACAAGCAAAUGAAGAUGAAAUGCAAAAUACCUGAGACAGAUGUGAGCAGCGACAGCUCUGAGAUGGUGAAGGCCAUCAUUCAGACGGUGCAGAACCAAGACAAGGUCCUCAAAGAUCUGUACACACACCUCAGUAAGAUCCUAAUCAGCAAACAGAAGAUCAUUGACUUGUUUCCACGAAUUGAGAAAACCCUGGAGAGCAUCAAGGACGCCGACAACACAGUGAUGCAGAUGCAGAUCAAGAGACAAAGAGAGUUCUGGCAUUUACUGAAGAUCGCCUGCGCUCAGAACUCGUCUCGGAGCUCGAUAGCAGCCAGUCCUGAGUCCUCUAACCUGCUGCAGGUCUCCCAGUGGUCCCAGUCUGCACAGCCUGUCAGCUCCCCCCACCCCCUCACCUCCCUACCUGGGCCCAAUGACAGCGACGCUGCGCCCCGUCUGCUGCAGGAGAACCAGAAGUACCUUAGUCACCUGACCAGCCUGAUGCAGGAGGCCGCUGACGACCAGGCCAAAAGCAUAGUGGACCGAGACUGGAGCUGGACUCAAUACGAAACUUUAACAACAAAAUUAAAAAAGAGAAAUGCGUAAGCGUUUAGUCGCGUCCUCCCACCCCGCCUGUGCUCCGUGUUACACUACAGACUGUAAGCUGCUAACACCGAGCAGACCAGAGAAAAAAACAACGUUGUACAUGGACUCAGGACUACUGUCUUUAAAGAAACUCUCCGGACGGAUCCCGCUCAUGCUCGGUCCGUCCACUCCGUCGUCUCUUUGGUGGAUUCAUGUUUUUAUAUGAACAAUGAAGCCGUUUCCUCUACUUUUUUCUUUUGCUGCACAAUACACAUCAUAAUAAACAAAACAUCUGAAAUACAUUGUUACUGUCAUGCAACAAAAAGAGGAGGAUCUAUUACAUGACAGUACUGGACAGAAAACAUGGGAGCGAGUUCAAUAGUGUGCCGGGAAACACAGGUCGCAGUGGGAGGGGGGGUGGGGAGGAAAUUACAAUCAAGCAAACAGCACUUUGAUACUCCCAUGUAUCCUCUUGGCAAAGUUUCCAGGCUGCCGAGAAAGAUUUACAAACAGUUAAACUGUUAUUAAUGUCGCUCAUAAUCAGUUUGAUAUAUUUGGCUAUCCACAGUCUGGGGUUUAGACUCUGUAAAUGUUAUUUUGAGUAUUAUUUUUAAAUGUUCUGUAUCAUAGGCAGAAGUCUUUUGUCAUGAUAUAUGUGACAGACGUGGCUGGCCAUCAUGUGUAUACACUGUCCAUACUGUACAUGUCUUUUAAAUUGUCUGCCAGAUAAGUGUCAUGUCUCAUUUAUGUGCACAUUUUAUUUCACUGGAUUAUAAUGCUGCGUUCAGGGCACAGCUACAAAUGUUUAGUUUCCAUGGAAAUGUAGUGCAGAGUUGAAACAAAUCUCAAUCAAAUCUGUAAAAGGCAAAUGCUACUUAAAGCGUUUAGAAAGGGCAAAACACCGCCAAGUUCAAAACACCGCCAAGUUCAUUGUCAUAAAUAAUAUUUGGACGUUUUAUGUUUUUCAAAAUGUUCAGUGUUUCCAAUCAGGUUGGCACAAAUUAGACAAUGGGACAGAAAUAAACUUCAAAGAAGGAUUAAAUAAUAGAUACUAUAUAAAUACAAUCUCCAAUGUGAGGAUUUGUAGCUUCAGGUCUUACAGAAAAAUAAAUAUCUUUAAGUGGCUUCAGUCACUUCAAAAUAAGUAAUUAUUAGGAAAGACUAUAAGGAGCAUAUUUUAAUAUCUUCUGACAUCUGACAAAAAAAGUAUGAAUUUGUCAUUCAGUAGUUGACACUUAUAAAUAGUCAAUGGGACUACUUUCAGAUGAAUGUAUUAUCAUUUGACUGUGUAACAUUUCAAAAAGACAUUAGGGUAGGUACAUUAGGCAUUUAUUGCUUGAAAACUCACUGAAUAAACGAAUGCUUUUAACUCUGGGCUGGACUAUUUUAUCUAAGACAUGAACGUGGCGUUGUACAAUAAGGUGUGACCCACAGUGAGAUCAGGUGAGUGAUUGGAGCCCAGACGGUUAAUAGUUGAAUGUACUGCAGCUCCAGUCAGGUGGUAACUUCGGGCUAGAGACAAGUAAACCCUCUGAGUUGUAUUUAUGAUGUGGAUAAACAUAUCUUCUUGGUAUUUAAGUAACUCAAUUCUUCAAUUAUUUUUACAUUUAAGUAUUUGUUUCCAUCGGUCUUAAAAUGUUAAAUUUUUUGAAUUGUCAUUGUACAAAGAUCAAAUGUUUGCCUGGUAAUAAAAUAAAAUGACUUUGGCAUGAA